AUGCGCCGCAGCACGGGCGCAGGGAAAACGGCUGCUGAAGGACCAACCACCUACGGCCCCGUCGACGCCGCUCCUGGAGGUGGAACAGGGGCAGGAGCCGGCCUUGUUUCUGGCACUCUUUUCGUACAUGUUGCCUCCCCUGGCGGUUGUGGUGCUUCAAGGCCACGACCAGACGCCGGACGUCAGGCAAGGGUGCUAGAACUGCAGGAGAACCCUUGCCUCCAGGGAUCGGGCAUAGUCAUCGCCGUGGAGGGGCCGUGUUCGGCGUCCCUUCUCGCGAAACACGGGCCCUUGCCGGACCGCAGCUACAUCUGCCUCGUCCGCCCACGUAGCCGUAGGGUCGGCAGCGCCAACGAAAAAGGCGGCGUUCACUUCUGUGGGGGUGAACGGGUCGGCACUUUCGACGAAGGCUACUACUGGCACGGUGUUGGGGAGACUGCUGCUGUGGAAGGGGUUGGUAUCCUCCUGUGUCAGCAAGUUGACCGCAUGUUUCCCUCGCCGUCGCCGUUGACGACGGCCCGCGGUAAGGGCAAGGGCAGUGGCAGGAGGCGCCGCGGCAUCGGCGGUGCAGGGCUCUUCGGCGGAAUGAUGAGGGGGUUCGUCGCAGACGUCAAGGUUGGUCUACCCGUUCCCAACGGCUUCUGGGAGUGCGUCCUUCCGGAAGGAUCCCCGUCCGACAGUCGGAGGAUGCUGUGGCAAGACUUGCGCCCCGACCGCCGCUCGCGCGCGGUGCGCGUCUUCGGCGUGUGCGCUGGGAGCAGGAAAGCGCGGCAGAGCUUCGUGUGGGAGGUGACUACCGGAGGUAUGCCAUCCCAGAUGACGUUAUCGCCAUCCCUCUCGCAUGUGGUUGACGCCGGCGGGUCGUGCGUGUACGUGUGGCACGGGAAUGGGUCCAACAGAGAUGGCCGAAGCCUUGCUGUUCGCGUGGCUCGUGUCUACGCAGCGCGAGUGGAAGGAGGGGCUUCGGUGGAACAGGUAGAUGCAGGGUCGGAGCCCGUCGGACUCCUCAACUGUUUCAUAGGCAACCGGUCGGCGCCGACCGGGUGCCGAACAUCCAGCGGCCGCGGGGCAUCUUCAAGCAGCGGGUCUUCGGGUUUGAGGCUCACGCCCCCCGGCCAGCGCACUCCUCCCGGGACCCUGAAUUCUCCGCCAUCGCUGAAGUGCAUGGCCGGCCGGGUGCAUCCGCCGCCGCCGCCGCCCCGUCGUUGUGCCACUGCUGCCGUCGGAGGCGUUACUUUCAACUCGGAGGCGUUUUCGACUCCUCCGAGGAACCGGGGGUCGAUGACGUGCGUUCCGAUACCGGGGUGUAACGGGGGUUCCUUUUCACCUAUUUCGGAGUUGGGCUUGGCGUCGGGGGUCGACGGGCUCACGGUCGAUGUAUCAUCAAAUUGCCUCCCGAACGGGUCAUCCGGCGCUUUGUCACCGGUGCUUGGCUGCGCCGCUAGCGCGUCAGACGGCCCCAGCGAUGAUUGGUCAAGCUACGACGCCCUUCGCUCUCCUCCGCGACCUGCUUCUUGUGCUUCUGGCGGACGCGCGUUCUCCGGAGAUUGCGGCCAGGCUGGCAGCUGCGCAGCAGGAUCUCCAACGGGCACACUUCCGAGGAAUGCCGGGCACCACCGGUGUGUAGAUGGACAAGGCGAGGGCGCUUCUGGCAACGGCAAGAGCCAGCGCGAAUGUCCCGCUAAUAGCGGGCGUGAUGGGCACCGAAGCAUGGAUGGAGGCGAAGGAGGCUCUGGACGAGAUGGGGACGGCGGAAAUCCUAGCGGACGAGAGAACAGCGAGGGAGGCGGUGGCGGUAGUGGCGACGAUGGAGAUGGUCGCGGUUCCGACGGCAGCGGGAACGGCGACCAAGACGGGAAGACCGGAGCUCGGCUCUUCGACAGCGUGAGGAGCGUUCGUUCGGAGGACGAUAAGUCAUCCAGGAAGAGCGGUAGCGGCAACCUCUCCGACAGCGUGAGCUGCGUCCGUGCUUUCGGUGCUACAACCGGCGACACUGCCGAUGAUGUCUCCACCGACCUCGGUGUCGGAUUCAUAGUCGACGGCGAAGAAAGCCCACGAUGUUCCCCUCCGCCGGCCGUAUCCGGUUCCGCCGCCAGCCUCCCGGGUUCUCUUUCUCCGCAGGGAGGCGCUACCAACGACCACUCCGCGCCGCCGCCUAUUCCCACCAAGGGAACCGAAGACGUGCUGGUCAAGGAGAACGUCGACAGGUUCCCGAAGGCUGCUUCGGAUUCCGUGCUCGAGGAUCAUCUUCUUGUCUCUGCCGCAGUCGCGGCCUUCAAGCCCCUCGAAACGGCCGAUGGAAAGCAGGAGCGCGCCGCCGGCCUUGGCGAUGAAGGUGGCGGUGGUGGCGGCGGUGGUCGCGAGAGCGAGGAGGAGUGGCUGUCCCACCCGGAAGAGGAGGCCGACACCGCGCCCGCGGGGCCAGGGGAUUGGAUUGGACGCGCCCUUGAGGCCACCCUUGUGUCAAAGCGGGCAGAGGCUGCACCGCAGUGCGCCGCCACGAGCCACGCAGGCAACCCCGAGACGGCCGCCGCCGUAGCGGAGGGAGAGCGAGGAGGCGAAGAGGACGCGGGAGCCGGCGCCGGCCACGAGUGGGCUGGCCUUAACGACGACGGUUCGUGGCGGACGGAGGUGGCAAGGCGGGCAGCGGGGGAGGCCGGGGCCGUGGAGGCGGAGCGCCGCCGCUUGGCGAAGGUCAAGGCGGACGAGUCGUGGAGGUCGGAUGCUGCCGGCGAGGGCCACGGCGCGCCUCGAAGGGACAGCGUUAGCUUCACCCAGCUUCAAACCGGCAACGUCAGGGACAAGCUGAACGUGUUCGAAGGGGCUUCCGGUUCCAAGGUCGGCAAGGAGAAACCUGGAAAUCGGUCGAGUGUCGGUGCCCUUCACGGCAGGGGGCUGGUCACCGCCUGGGCCAAGAAAACCACGGAUCACCACCCCGCCUCCACCGCGAUCAACGAACAAGACAGCAGCGGGCGGUCCUCGUCUCCUCCUUGGUCUACCGGAGGCCGGACACGCUCGCCGCCGCCCCGCGCCGGCGGCUCGGACGAGCAGGAGGAGUUUACGUGGAAGGCCGGACCGUCACCUUGCCGGCUGAAGGGGAGGCCAAGCCUAGGCCUUAUCCGCAACGGGCAGGUCCGGAUCAUGUCCAAGGCGUUGCUGAUGUCUUGUCCGGAGGGCGGGCGCGAGACCAACACCAACCACGGAGGUAGUUGCUUGGGCGGGAGCCUUGACGAGCCACCGAUGCCAUCGACACCGCCACCGCCGCUGCCAGCCUCAAUCGCCACACCGCCCCCGCUCCCCGCCCGCAAUAGCUUGGUUGGUGCUAACCCCAAGCGGCCCCUCCCGGCACGACCAACCCGUGGCAGCGGCAGCGGCAGCGGCAGCGGCAGUAUCAGCGCCGGGCAACGUCCGGCAGCGGCCAAGGGAAACAUCUGGUUGGCGAAAGCCGGGUUGACUCGCAAACAUGUUGCAGGGUCGUCGUCCCCCCCGCCUGCACCGCCGGAGACGCCACCUCGCGAAAGUGGUUCGUGGCGGCGGGGGGGGGGGGCGCCCACACACCUUGCUGGCGGUCGUGCGGGCGGCGGGAUGGCCGCGGCGAGGGCCAAGGGCGCGAGCGGGGCUUGGGCCAAGCUGCAUCGCAGGCUCGAGGAGGAAAGCAAGAACUUCAACGGGAAAAGGCGCGCCGAGGUCGUGCCUCCCGUGGUCACCAGCGGGUGAUAUACUCUGCUGGACGGCCUAUUGGUGCGGGUGCAACGUCGGGUGCGGUGAGACGGGUGCCGCUAGCAAUAGGUAGCAAGCAGCCAGACCUCGAGCAGAGCGGCAUUCACAAGCCGAGCUAGAGAGGGGCUAACACAUACGUCACCGGUAGCGGGAACAAGCUCAAUGUAUUCAAUAGCACGGAGGUGGAGGUGGAGUUGACGAGCAUCGUGUGGGGGGGGUGCCUACCUGUCAGGGUGCGCAAGGUUUCACCCAACCCCGUACUCAACGGAGCACCGUACAUGUUUUGUAGUGUUCCUGACCGCGGCUGCUCGUGAGUCUACACUUGGGGGGAAGAACCGUGCGAGGGUUUGUCUUGGUUGGGGAUGGUCGCAAGCAUCUACACAAAACUGCACAACCUAGUGCAUGUUGAUACAAGGGUUUUUCACAUCAGUUUGCCGUCAGCGUGUUUGUUUACAAGUAGAACGAUCGUGUAAGUGAGCAAGAAGGAAGUAAUGUGGGCUUGUGCUUUUUUUGCUUGCUGCGUGGUUUUCGCGUGUGUGAGUUGUGGUACGUUAUGGAGGAGAUAGUCCCGGGGGAUUGAAGAGGAAUGAAAAUAUGACAAUGCACUAGAGGUGAUGUCGGGCAACAAGGAGCGGUACGUCGGUCCUUGGUGCGGGGCGAAAAAAGCAAUGUUUACAUGUUUUUGCUUGGCUGUUCUCGUCGUGAUCAAUAUGAAGGGCGGGGUGUUGUUUCGAUGUAAUCGUUUUUCAUUGUCGCUGUCGCUAUCGCUGUCGCUGUCAAACUGUUGUGGUUGUCGUCGUCGUCGCUGUUGAUGUGGUGUUCAUGUUAAAAGUAGCUGUGACUUCUUCCAUCUCGUACGCCAUCUUCCGUACUAUUAUAGUCCAGCUGGUGUAAGAACACGGCACUUUCUUCUCUCGAGAACGCAAGUUAGCCCUGUGUGUUGUAUUUAACUUGCAGGGAAAACCCUUCCCACCUCCAGGGUGUGGCAUGAGGUUAGCCUGGUCAGCAGUAUAUAUCCCGACAAUGAUCUUAUUUCGGGCUCCGCAGGGAUGAGAGGAAUGCCAGGAUAGUUGUGUUGGUAAAUGGCUCGUUUUGCUGACGCACCCACCGCGUGGAGCAACGGCCUCUAUUUUAUUUGUUGCUGUUCUUUGUCCCACAGCAGUAGUUUGAUUUAUUUUUGUUUUUCUGAACCUGUUGGGAAGUUUGUCGUUGCAAGUGGUGGCACUGGGUGUUUUGGUGUGUUUUUGUCGAAGUGUUUGAGUUUCUUUUUUGGGGUUGGCUCGGGACCACGGAAAUUCGUUUCAUCGCCUCGUUCGAAGAGCAAAAAAGGAGGUGUAGGAGUCUAGAUAGAGGUCAAGACAUUUUUACAUUGAAGGCACAAA